AGCACCUAACGAGGGUACAGGACGUGAGUAAAAUUAAUGAUUAACAAGUAGUCUUCAAAUGGAAUGGUUCAACUCUGCUCUUGGGAGGAACAUCACCUUUGUGCGUCCUCCUUAUUUUAAGAUAGGUGGUUUUGGAGAAGUACCUAAUAUUGGUUAUUACUUUGCCUUUCUCUUUUGUAUUUACAUUCUUUCAUUUGUGGGAAACACAGUAGUAAUGACCAUAAUAUUGUUGGAUUAUAGAUUAAGAAGUCCUAAAUAUAUUGUGGUUUUCAACCUAGCCUUUGUGGAUUUGUUAAGUAGCUCUACUAUGGUGCCGAAGACUCUUGACAUCUUUCUGUUUAACCAUCGAACUAUUUCUUACAGUGACUGCUUGGCAUUCAUGUUUUUCUGCUUCAUUUUCAUUUCGAUGCAGUCUUUUAAUCUGGUUGUUCUCUCCUAUGACAGGCUGAUAGCUAUCCUCUAUCCACUGCACUAUCAUGUAAAGGUGACACACAAGCGUAUUCUAUAUUUGAUUGCUUUUUUCUGGAUCUUCUCAGUUACUACUACUUUCUGUGCAGUUACACUUCUCACGAGGAUUUCUUUCUGUAAGUCUGUGGUGAUUAAGAGCUAUUUCUGUGACCAUGGUCCUAUGGUCCGGCUUGCCUGCAAUGAUAUUACUCCUAGUAUGGUAAUGUCAGGUUCUUUACCAAUUCUAAAACUUGGGUGUCCACUAGUUUUUAUUGUGGCAACUUACUGCUGUAUUGGUUAUGCUUUAUCAAAAAUUUCUACAUUCCAGGAAAGAAUGAAGGCUUUUAAAACUUGCACAGGUCACCUUUCAUUAGUGGCAAUCUAUUUUUUUCCUAUUUUAGUGGUUCAAAUUACCUUCUGAUAUUAGAGUCAUCAACCUGUCUUUGACUAUUGUCAUCCCUCCUAUGUUGAACCCAAUCAUAUAUGUUUUGCAGACAAAAGAAAUCAAAGAUUGCUUGAAGAGUCGAAUAUUGGGAUCUCAAAAUU